UAAAUAAACCAGAAUGAAUCAUUGAUAUCCAGCAUGACCAACCCAAUAUACCAACACCCCGGACCUCCCCGCACACUUCCGCACUCUUCAUCAGCGCUGGACGAAACUGAGGAAGAGUACCUGAACUGCUUUAAGAGCCCUGCUGCUGCUGCCGCCGCCCCACCUGAGUAUCUGAACACAUCCCACACACAGCUCCUCUCCAGACAGACGUUCUUCAGCGUACAAGGCUUCAACCCCCAGAACAGCAUGGACAACCCAGACUACCAGCAGAACUUCUGCCCCCUGGAGCUCAAAACACACACCAACGGCCACUUGCCGGCUGCGGAAAAUGCAGAAUAUAUGGGGCUGGAAGUGCACUAGCACAUUAUGGAGAAGAGUAACUGUUAAAAAUUAGCCACUUUAUAGUAGAUAAAGAUGGAAGGACAUCUAUUUAUAGCGGAUACACAGGCAAACAUUUUGCAGAGUUGUCAGACAGGUAUGCCUGCCAUCAAGGACAGAAAGAGCUUUUCAUAACCUGAGCUACCUUUCAAAUAUGCUUGUUUUGUUUUGAGCUAGACUUGGUUGGAUCGAACAACUGUGGCUCUCUCCAAAGUGACUAUGAAUGACAACAGGAUAUGAAUCCCACGUCGAUGCCAGUGGAAACAUGCAUGAAAUGGCAUAUCAUGAAACAAGCUUGUCGACCCAUGCAAAGACUGCUUUUAGGUAAUCUGGUUUCAGUCAUGUUAAUAAUGUUUGAAAUGAGCAAACACCAUUGUACUGUGCUCAAUAGUGUCUGUAACCAUGAAACUUUUAAAGAUAUAGUUGCACCAAAGUAUUUGGACACUUAAGUCACUUUUAAAAAUCCAUUGCAUUAGAUACGAAAUAUUAAAGUAAGUGACAUCUUUCAAAACUUUGGAUUCAGUAAGACAUUAUUAAAUGUGUUUGCUCAGCAAAGUUUCAAUUCAUCAAAAGUGACAGUUAAGCCUUUACAA